AUGACUCGCGCGGCUAAAGCCAUAGGGCCGUCGAGCUCGUUCCGCGACGUGACAUUGCUCGAGACGCCUCUCCUUAAGGACCACCCUAACAGCGGCUCGCAGAAUGCACCGAGGCGCCAGAACUCCGUGGGCCCCACCGUCCGCAUUCUCCGCUUCGGGUUCGGCCAGAGCCGGGAGCAGUCAUGGCUGUCGCAGCUCAACCCCUUCGCGUCGCUCCGCUUCUCCGCGUCGCUCGCCGGCACGUGGCGGCUGGUGCGCGACGCCGUGCCGUGCCUGGAUUGGCUGCUGUCGUACGACGUGCGGCGCGACCUGAAAGGCGACAUGGUGGCGGGGCUGUCGGUGGGGUUCAUGAUCAUCCCGCAAGGCAUGGCGUACGCGCGCGUCGCGGGCCUGCCGUCCAUCUACGGUCUCUACACCGGCUUCGUGCCGUGCCUUGUCUAUAGCAUAUUCGGCAGCUCGCGGCAGCUGGCGCUGGGUCCGACGUCGCUCGUGUCGCUGCUCGUCAACGAAGCCAUCAAGCAGAUGGCGGACCCGGACUCACACGACCCCGCGGAGCAGCGCCUGUACCUGGGCCUCACGCUUCUCCUCUCGCUCAUGCUCGGCGCGCUGCAGCUGCUCGCAGGGCUACUACGCCUGGGCUGGGUCGUGCGCUUCCUCUCACACGCCGUCGUCUCGGGCUUCAGCAGCGGCGCGGCCAUCAUGCUGGGGCUCAUGCAGAUGCGCUACUUCCUGGGCUACACCACGCGCCACGAGACCAUACACAUGAUCCUCUAUGACAUCUUCGUCAAUCUCAAGACCACGCACGUGCCCUCGCUUAUUAUGGGGGUGCUGGCGCUAGCGUUUCUGCUGAUCAUGAAGCACCUGGGCAAGCGGCACAAGCGGCUGCGCAUUCUCCGCACGAUGGGUCCCAUCCUAGCAGCAGCCAUGGGCACAGCGACCAUCUAUCUGCUGCGCAACCCCUGGCGCAUCCGCGUCACGGGCCUCGUGCCCUCGGGCCUCCCCGCAGCCUUCUCCGCGUUCCCCUGGGCGCGCUGGCGCGACCUCGUGUCGCCCGCGCUGGUGAUCGCGAGUGCGGCAUAUCUGGAAACGAUCGCCAUUGCCAAGACGCUGGCUGCGAAGAAUGGCUACUCCGUUGACGCCAACCAGGAGCUCGUUGCUCUAGGCCUGGCGAACACAGUGGGGUCGUGCUUCCAGGCGUUCCCAACGGGCGGCAGUUUCUCGCGGUCGGCAGUGAGUGACGACUGUGGCGCCGCCACGGGCAUGGCGGGCGUGGUGUCCGUGCUGCUCGUGCUGCUCACCCUCAUGUUCCUCACCCCGCUCUUCCAGUUCCUGCCCCUGCCCGUGCUUGGAGCCAUCCUGGUGUCGUCAGUGUGUGGGCUGGUGGACUACGAGGAGGCGGCGUUUCUCCUGCGAGUGGAUCCCAAGGACUUUGUCGUGUGGAUGCUCGCCUUCUGCGGCACUCUCUUCUUCGGCAUCCAGACGGGGGUGAUGGUGGCGGUGGUGAUCUCCCUCGGCUUCGUGAUAAACGAGUCCGCAAACGUGCAGUGUGAGGAGCUGGGGCGGCUGCCAGGCACCACAGUGUACCGCACUGUACAGCAGUACCCCGACGCUAAAGUCACCCCUGGGAUUGCCGUCAUCAAGUGCCACUCCCACCUGUACUUUGCGAAUGUGAGCAACCUGCGGGACGUGCUAAGGCGCUACGAGGGGCUCACCAGCAGAACGCCCCUUCCCGCCCCCACCCCCGCCACCACCCCCAUACGCUCCUCCCCCACUGCCACCGCCGUCGCCACACCUGCCGCCAGCACCCGCAACAGCACCCCCAGCCCUGCCCGAUCCUCCACCAGUCCUAGCAGCCUGGCUCGGCGAGCCAGCGACGGGAGCUUAGACGGCCGCACCAGCAGCUUCAGGAGCGGUGGGAGCAGCAGGGGUGGGGGAGGGGGGAGCGGGAGCAGUGGGGGAAGCGGAGAUUGUGAUGUGGAGGAGGGAGCGGGGGCAGGCGAGGCACUGGUGUCACCAGUAGAAUCGUCGGCAAGGGAACAGCAGGGGGGGAGAGGAGCUGCGGCAAAAGGAAGAGCAUUGGGUGCGACGAACGUGCCUAUAGAGUACGUGAUUAUAGACAUGACGUCAGUACAUGCAGUGGACUCAGCAGCGUGCCAUGCGUUGAGAGAGAUCUGCCUGGAGUACCAGGCGAGGGGGGUGCGCCUGGCCCUUGCCAACCCCAGUGAUGCAGUCAUGCAGAGACUCACACGGGCGGGGAUCCCAGACCUGAUUGGGCGGCAGUGGUUCUUUGUGCGGAUCUUUGAUGCCGUGCAGCUCUGCAAGGCUGACAUGGCGUGUCGCCACGCUGCGGCCUCUGGUGCGCUGCCACCUGGCGGGUUCAUGGUUGCCGACGUGGAGCAGCAGAGGGUGGGGCAGCAGCGGCAGCAUCAGCAGCAGCAGCAGCAAGAGCAGCGGAGGGUCAUGGUGCGGCCGCGUUCGUUUUCAGAGGACGUCAGGGUUGCUGCUCGGCCUGCACAGGCAGAUGGGCGGGUGGACAGAGGUGUGCGCGCUGGCGGAAGGGACAGACAGGGUGACGGACAGGGCCAGGUGGCAGGGGGAGGGAGGGGGCGGACAGUGACGUGGGGCGUGCAGGGGACAAGAGCACAGGGGGCUACAGAGAGAAGCAGUGGGGAUGGGGCGGGUGGGGUGGGGGUGGGUAUUGGAUCAGUGGUUGGGUCAGCAGCAGUGAGGGCGAGGGGGUCAGAGGGCAGUGGCAGGGAGGGGUGCAUGGCAGGGUGGCCGGAGGAGGAUGAGUUUCCCGGCAGCCCCGACUACGGCAUUGUCAUGCCUGCUGGGGGCAUUGCUGCUGCCGCUGCCUCCAGUGCAGCUGCUGGGCUGGCAGUGGCAGGGGCAGGUGAUGGGAAAGGGGAAGGCCCGUCGGGCGUGGGUGUGGCGUCGCCUGAGUUUCCACCUCUGGAUGGGUUUGACGUGCAGGCGUUUUCAGCUCCUGAGGUGAUGCAGUCAGAGUAUGUGCUGGCGGAUGCGGAGGAGGAAGAGUCGGAGUGGGUGAGAAUACGACGGGAUAGGAAGAGGAGGGAGAGACGUGCAACGGCUAGGCCGGAUGAUGACCGGGAGAGCACUGGGCAAGAAGAGGCUGAUGAAGAUGGCCGUCCUACUUGCCCUGUGUGCCAUGGCUUUCUGCCUUUGGCUGAUGUAGCCUGGCCUCAUCAAGCGCGUCCCGAAUCCGGGCCGCUCCCCUCAGGUGCGCAGAUGAUCGGGGUCGAGGCGCCCCGACAUCAGAUGAUCGGCAAGCGCCGAAUGCGGGGGAGCAGCGCGCCUCGCGUGGUGAUUCUGCCGCCCAUGAAGCAAAUCAAGAUCGAACCGGCGCGCAUCGUCAGCGUCGACGUGCCUGGCGGAAAGGCUCUUGUGGGGGAGGUGAUAUCCGGGCCAGAUGCUGCCGCCAUUGACGUGUCAGUUCCUGGUUGGUCCGCCGCCGUGCCCCAGUCGCUCAUCCGCCCGUUCCCUCCGCCACCGCACGAGUCACCGCUCCCCGCGUCCACCGCAUCCCCCGCCCCUGUUCCGCCUUGCGCCCCCGCUGCGACUGUUUCCGCCGCCGCCUCCCCCCACCGCUGCCCUCCGCCGAGCUUUCAGGAGCUCGCGGCGCGCACCCACCGUUACAAGGGCGUGCGGCAGCGCAAGUGGGGGCGGUGGGUGUCGGAGAUCCGCGAACCACGGCGCCGAUCGCGCAUCUGGCUUGGUUCAUACUCGAGCGCGGAAGAGGCGGCGCGCGUGUACGACAUGGCGGCGCGGAUGCUGCGAGGCGACGCGGCGGGGAGUCUCAACUUCCCCGACAGCCGCCAGGACGUGCCGUUGCCACCCGCCAUCGCCGAGUCGCUCGUCCGCGUGUGUCAGGAGGUCGCGGAGGACGCGGCGCGCGCGGAAGGUGGCGGAGGAAUGGAAGGGAACGCAGAGCAAAGGUCCCUCCGUGCGGAAGCUCUAUCGUCCGAUUCGUCGCCAGAGGAGGAGUCGGACAGCAAUCCGACGGCCGUACCGGCAGCAAGCAGCUGCGGCGCGGGUAGCGUGUUCUGCGCGCGCUCCGUCCCCACCAACGAGAUCUCCAGCCACGUGUCGCCGCUCUCCCUCGCUUCCGCCACCCGUCCCGCCCCCUCCGCCGCGUUUCGCGUUUCCGCUGCGAAUGUGUCCCCCACAAGCUUUCCCCCGCCCAGCGCACGGCCGUUCUCCGCUCCUCGCUUUCCCCCCAUGGUGGAAAUUUCGUCGCAAAAGGCCUCUCCUGACGUAAUCGUUCUCCCCGACUCGCCACCAGCAGAGACGGCGGAGAUUGAGGAUCGAGCUGAUGGUGACGCGGCAACGCGCGGAUCGCGCAUAACCCUCGCAGCUUGCACCGCUCGCCCGCGCAGCGUGCACGUGAGCAGCAGCGGUGGCUCCACGGACGACCCUCCUGCCGCCCCUCCUGCGCCGCGCCCAUCACCUCCGCUUCCCUCCACUUCCGCGGCCAACACUACUGCCACUACCGCCACACCUGGCCCUCACAGUGCUGCUGCUGCGCCUACACCGGGUGGGCCUGCUGCUGCAGCGAGUGUGGCCGUUGCAGUGGGUGUGCCUGCGAGCGCGUCCCCCAGUGCGCGUGCCCCCACGGCCGCAGUGCACGCGCUGGCGCAGCUGCUCUCCUCCCUCGCUGCCCUCGGCUCCGCGCUCUCCCUGCCGCCGCCUGCCCUCGCGCCAAACAACAGCAGCACUGCCCAUGUGCUUGGGCACGACGGUCAGGCGCCAGGCAGCAGCAUCCAUGCAGCAGGGGACAAUGUUCAGGUGCCAGGAAGCAACUUUCAGGGCCCCGAAAACAACAGCAGCCUUCUUGGCGCAGCAGCAGCGCGGGAGCAGCUGAUGCGCAUCCUGCAGUCACCCCUGUUACAGUCACACCGCACGCUUGCUGCUGGCGGGCAGGGGGGGCAUGAGGAACAUGCGGAGCAACAGCGGCAACAGCAGCAACAGAUGCAUGAACCGCCAUUCCAGUUCCUGCCUCCCAGUGCUGCUGCCAGCAACAUAGCUGCGAGUGACGUGGUUGUUGGGAACACGCAGGUGCCUCCGCCUGCUUCCGCAUGGCCCACAUCUCCCCCGCCACCACUCCAGGGCUCCCCCCCCUGCUCUCCGCCCCCUGCGCCCCCCCAGCCCCCCUGCACUGCGCCCCCGGCGUCCCCCAGCCCAUACAGCAGCGCCUUCGACUUCGAGCCGCUGCUGCUGCUGGCAGGCGACGAGGGGGAGGGGGGGGAGGGGCAGAGAGGGGAGGCUGCAGCUGGGGAAGGCGUAACUGCACUGGAGUACGGGCAGGGAGAGGGGGGAGAGGAAGGGGAGGAGAGGAGUGUGCAUGCGGCCAUGGCUGCUGCGGCAGCGGCUGCAGUGGAGGCGAGUGAGCAUCACGGGCAGGGAGGGGGCAUGGACCGGGCAGUGUCAGCCACAGCAGAGCAGUUCCACAUGUGGCAGCAGCAGCUGUGGGAGCUGUAG